AUAGGUCCAAGUGCGCCGCCUCAUCAUUCACAAUUCAACGGCUUCGAACCGACAUGCAAAGGAUAAUCUGAUUCCAUGCUUCUUGCUGCCUGCUAUGUGAAUUACUCCGGCUCCGCCAUUAUGAACACUUCUUAGAUCUUGGUUUCUCAGUAUAUCCAGUCACCAAACACAGUGACCGUCCAAUGAAAACCUUCAAGACGAGGAAAUUGGGAUUCUGGCUGCUUUUUAUCGGCAACAGUGAUUGCGAUUACUGCGUAGAUGUCAUCUUAUUCCGCCGGUCCACGGUCCGUCCAGCGGGCAGCACAGCUUGGAGCACAGCAACAAGUGCAGGACCAUCUAGCUAUCAGGUUUUUUUCGGUCAAACCGGUGUCCGACGCAUUUUCACCUUUACCAGAAAUGCAAUGCAGCAUAACUUAUCAAAGUGGAAUAUCUACAGUACGCGUUCAAGUACGUCAAACUUCUUGGUUUCGUCCUCCACCCGUAGUUCCUGCAUCACGAAAGUCGAUCCUCCGGGAUCGUAAGUAUCUACGUGACGGGUAGCCAUAAUGAUAAGGUUCAAUAUACUGGAAAGGUCCUUUAUUACGGAUCAUCUAAGUAUUUCUACG